AUGAGGAAGAGGACGGUUUCCCUGAAAUACAGGGGCUCUCAUUUCUGUGGAGGGGCCAUCCUGACUGAUCGUUGGAUAAUGACCGCAGCACACUGCUUUGCAACUCUGUCAAAAGGGUUCCUCAGUGGUGUGAGAGUGGUGGUGGGAGAGUUUGACCAGAGAGUAGGAGAUGAAGAGGAGCAGGUCUUUCUCAUCAAGUCUGUUUCAGUCCAUGAGAAGUACCAUCAUGCUUUGCCUAUGACCUAUGACAUAGCUCUAAUCAAGCUGGACCAACCCAUUCAACUGGGCAGUGUCCAGCCAAUAUGUCUGCCUUUGCCUGAUGACAGCACUGCACCCACCUCAUGCAUUGUAGGUGGAUGGGGAAGGAUGAGGGAGAAGGGACGUCCUUCUGCUGUGCUGAGGGAAGUCCAGUUAGACGUGGUGGAUCCAGCAAAAUGUAGAUUUAUCCUUCAGACUGUCAAAAGUUCAAUUCUUAUCCAGAGACCAGCUUGGCCUCUGCCAGCCAUGACAGUUCUGUGUGCGGGGUCGGAGAGAGGAGGGAGAGACACCUGCCAGGGAGACUCCGGGGGUCCUCUGGUAUGUCCGAAAAGUUCAGGCAGCAGUCACUGGAUAGUGCUGGGUGUGACUUCCUGGGGGAAAGAAUGUGGUCGGAGCUGGGAAAACAACAGCAGCCGCCCACCUUCAAGAAGAGGAUCUCCAGGGGUUUUCACUGAUGUCAGGCUGCUGCUGCCCUGGAUUAAGCACAAACUGAGAGAGGGUGAGAUACUUAUUUUGUGUGUGUGUGUGUGUGUGUGUGUGUGUGUGUGUGUGUGUGUGUGUGUGUGUGUGUGUGUGUGUGUGUGUGUUACAGAUCCUUGCAGUGUGAGGGAUGGGCCUGUUAUUGACAGCCAGGGUGUAAUCAGAAACCCCACCUUACUUGGUAAUCACUAUGACAACAACCAGCUGUGUGUGUGGAGCAUCAGUGGGCUUCCAGGUCAUAGUCUUCUAUUGGAGUUUGAUUAUUUAGAUCUGGAGAAUGACACUCACUGUCGCUAUGAUCGGCUCACUGUUUCAGUUGGGACCCAUCGACCUGUUGGUGAGUUUAAAACACACACACACACAUGCCCAAGAGCCUUGGCCUCCCAGAUCUCAGUGCCCCAGUUUCAGAAAAACCCAGUCUGCCCCCUGUUCCCACUAUGUGCCUCCAGCCCCACUGUUCUGGUUGAGCACCCCCGGCCCCUUCCUGCAGAGCAAUGCUGGGCUAUAGUUCCAGAAUGGCGAUUCCAUCACAGAUUCCCCCUGGAAGCUAGGCUAACUAUUGGUCUCUCCUCCAUGGUCCAGCUAACUCCUGGUUCUCCUUUGGCAGCCCAACCUACUCCGGGUCCGGCCAAACCCUGCUCUCGGUUCUCCAUCGGCAAUCAUGUCGACCCCUGCUUCUGGUCCCCCAUCUAUGGGAUUUUCUGUGGAAGUGUUCUACCUGGCCCAGUGCUCCUGAAUAACUCCCAGAAUGCAACACUCCUCUUUUCCUCAGACAUUAACCAGGCAGGAGGUGGCUUUGUCAUUAGGCAUCGUGCUGUCCAGGGACACUCUGAUCCAGGAUGCGGGACUCUUGUUUUUCUUGAAGAUCAGGGCGCUCUCCACAGCGCAAAUUACCCACAAUUCUACAGUAAUGAAUGUGUCCAGCGUUGGAUUGUCUAUGCUCCAAAGGGCCACAUUGUGAAGCUGGACUUUGCUGAUUUUCACAUGGAGGAGUCAGACACGUGUUUGUAUGAUUCCCUCACUGUGCUGGGGGAUGUGGAGGGAUUAGACCACAUAGUGGUGCUUUGUGGAACCAAUGUUCCUCCUCCUGUACUGUCCUACAACAGCAUCAUGGUGCUUCAGUUCAAGUCAGACAGCAGCAUCACACACAGGGGCUUCAGUGCUACACUGACAUUCAUCAGUCAUACAGACAUUCAUCAUCAGGACCCAGAAGUAGCAGACAGUCAAAGAGAUGGUCUCAGAGCUCAUCAGGAUGAUUUGGCAGCUAACCAGAGACUUGAAGACGUUUGUGCAGACCCAGCUGUGCAGCAGUCCAGCAGCAGAACCCUGACCUCUAAGGGGAAUGAGGACCAGAAAACAACCAAUGAUCCCAGACUGCCUAUGGACAUGAGCCUUGAUGAUGAAGACUACAGCGGUUAUUCCUCAGGAGCCAUGUCCUAAACGGCGGGAAGAAGGCGUCUGUACUAAAGACCUUUUCAAAAGCAUAAAAAUGGCAGUACAUCGGUGUGUUAAGCUAAGAUAAGGAUGACUAUCGUAAUGAAGAUUAUGCCAAAAGGUGGAUGAAUUGAAAGACAUGUCAAUGGACAGAGACAUCCCUAUAACUUUAAUAUUAUUGCUAUUAAUUUUUUGGUUUAUCACAUUCAAAUGGUCAUAGAUACUGCUUUAUUUCUUUUAGAAAGUUAAAUAAAUUAACGGUUGACUUGUCUCCCAUGGCUGUUGCAUGAUUUUCUUAAAUAGUUUUUAUAUGUUCAUAAAAACAAUAAAAAGGCACAAAGGUAUAUUUGAGCCAAUACAUCUAUAUAGGAAGAUACAGAAGUGAAUGUGAACAUCAGUGGUGUGGGAAUAUGUAAAAAUAGGAAAACACCACAUGUGAACUGUAAAAUGAAAAGUAACAAAAAUAAAAUAACAAUAACAUGAGACAAGAAGUAACCAGCAUAGGCGAGUACAAUAGAACAACAAACAAGCAUACAGACAAGAUACACAGAAUUACAAAAAGGGGGUACAUGAAAGGAGGGUUGGGGGGUCAAGUUGCACAUUAUUUAAAAUAUUAUCAGUCAAAGCAUGUAAGGGUCAAAUG